AUGACAGAUAAGGAAGGUCAGGAAGUGAAGGAUGCGCCGAGCAUCGAACAGUACACGGCUCUCAAGGACCAGUUGACACAGCAAAUCCUCAAAAAACAGGAGUUGGACUCGAAGCUCAGCAAGUUGGAGGAUUCCAUCUAUGAGAAGGAAAACGAGUAUUUUAACGAGAGUGUAUACGGAAACAUCGUCAAGGGGUUCCAGAACUUCACCAAGACAAACACGGGUGGUUUGAAUAAGAGAAGAAUAACAUAUACGGACGACGACCACAUAUUUAGUUUGAGUUCAGUGAAUUAUAUCAAGACGAUCAUGAAGCGACAGGGAGUCAACUCGAACGGUGGACGCAAUGAGGAUUUGGACGACUACGAGGACUCAAUAGACCCUAAUAAUGGGAAUGCCGGUGGAAACACCCCGAAUACGACUGGCACGAAUAACCAAUCGGCAUCACAGGCCAACUCCAACUCGAACCAGAGCACGCCAGGAAGAAAGCGAAAGAUCAGGACUAUUGACGAUUAA